GAGAAGAGCCCACCCGGGAAGGUCGCCGAGGAGAAGUUUGCCCAAAAGGAGCGGGCCGAAAAGAACAUCGCCCAGGAAAGAAGGCCGAGAUUCAAAACGGACGAGAAGGGAUGACAGGUGGCAGGGGAGGCCAUUGUCGUUCGAAAGGCAGAGGUACCAUAAUUUUACACCCUUGAGAAAAGAUUUAACAGAAGUGCUCGAGGCUAUGGAGCAGAAGAUGUCGAGCGAGGAUGUGACGUGGCCGAAGACGAGGUUUACAGGCCCGAUUCAACCCAGGUCAGACAUCUACUGCCGUUUUCACCGAUAUUAUGGCCAUACCACGGAGAACUAUAGGCAUUUGAAGGAUGAGAUCGAGAGGCUUAUUCGAGCGGGGCACCUGAAAGAGUUUGUGUAUCAUGAUAGGGCUAAGGGAAAAGGAAGGAGGAGGUGUCGGGAGGAUUUGGAGGAAGGGAGUGAUAGAGAUGAGGAGGGAGAUGAUAGGGAUGGUCGAAAUGGUCGAGGGAAGAAGCCGAGGAGAGAUGGAGAUAAGAGAGGAUACGGAGGCGAAGCUCCUAUGAAGAGAGGGACAAUUUAUAUGAUUUCAGGAGGGCCGACGGAUGGUGACUCGAAUAAGGCCAGGAAGGAGCAUGCUCGAGUUGUGAAAAGGAAUAGAGAGGAGGUGGGGAUUACGGCUCGCAUGCCGGUGAUAAGUUUUAAAGCAGAGGAUGCUGAAGGUGUGGUCUUGCCGCACAAUGACGCUUUGGUGAUUACUGCAGAGGUUGCGGGCUUUGAUGUGAAGAGGGUGUUUAUUGAAACCGGGA